AUGAAAAAACCAAUAGCAACAGUAAGAACGCCUUUCCAAAAUCUAAAAUUCUUAAUAAUUCUCAAUAAAUUAUUGGGUUUACUUUCGUGCAAAUUAGUGAACGGACGAUUUAAAGAAAGCAGUGUUUGGGGUCGCGGUUACUGUGCACUUUGGUUAUUAUUUCAUUGCGCGUAUUCCAGCUAUUUUUAUUACACGAUGUACAUGGCAACACCUGCUGAAAAAGCUGAGAAGCUCUUUGCGCUCGGUAUCGUACGGUUUAGUGCGUUUUUCAUCUCGUUGCUUCCUUACAAUUACUUAGGAGUCUUUCGAAGCCAAGAUUUUAUUAUGUUUUCCGAAAAACUUGAAGCUUAUGACGAUAAGGCAACAGCAUUAGGGCAUCAAAGGAAAGAUAAACACAUUUUCACGUGGCUGUAUUUUGCGUACACAUUUAGCACAAUAUUCAUAAAGACGUAUAACAUAUUGAAUAGCAGUAUACCUGAAGGAAGGGAAAUGAUAGUUACGCAGACGUUCGAAACCGUCAUUCCUACUAUCUGUGGCACCUACUGCGUUUUCAUAAGCGCGAUAUUCCUGGAUUUGAUUCGCCAACGUUUCCGUCAUCUGAACGAGGUGAUAGUUCCUUACGUUUCGGAGUUGCCAGUAACCGGAUUGAAGGGCGAAAUCACAGUUUACGAUGUGCGCUAUCUGCACGGUGUGCUCAUCGACAGCGCAGGACUGAUAAAUAGGAUGUACGGGAUAGGCACCUUACUCACCUUCGGAUCCAUAUUGCUGGAAUUCAUUUCUGUUAUAUAUUUAUUCAUAACAGAUGUCCAGGACAAUGCGACAGUGAUAUUGCUAGACUUACUCUUUCAAACUAUUUACCUGUUUGCGAUGUAUCACUGCGCAACUUACGAGGCGAAUCGCGUUGAAGAGCGUGUGCUGAAAUAUGGAUUAUCCUUCAAAAAUUCCAAAUGUCGUAUGGAUAAAAUUGAGAUGAUGUUAUAUUUUUAUCAUAACAGAUUUACUUUCACGGCAGCGGAAUUUUUCAUAAUAGAUUUAACGAUACUUCUUCCGAUUGCUUCCACGGUAUCAACAUAUUUAACUUUAAUAAUAAAUUAAAUCCUGUAAUAAGUAGUCCAAAGAUUAAUA